UUGGGCUCUUCAUCCCCUUUCAUUAUCUCUUCUCUCACUGGCUUUCUCUCUCUCUCUCUCUCUCUCAUGACUCUAUUGUCUGCUGCUCUCCCUAAGAUUCCUUUGAAGCACAGAGAUCAACACAUUUCUUCUAUAUAUCUGCAACCAGGAGAGAGAUGAGGUGUUGAUUUCUCUAUCACAAUUCAGGGAAAGAAAAGGAUUGUUCCAGGACCUUGUUAAUUUUCUUGCACAGGUAUCUGUACUUGUCUGGAAAAAACCCUGGAAGAAAUCCCAGGAGAAGAAGAGAGAUUGAACAGCAACCCUAGCUAGCUUUUGAGUUUCCUUUUACAACCUCAAAAAAAAAAAAGAAAAAAAAAGAUUCUGGUUUCUGUACCAAAAAUUCAUGUCCCAAAGCUUCCAACAAGGCAGCAUCUACAGCUUUACCAAUGGUUAUGAAAGAUCUGCGGCGGCGGUGGCGGUGGCGAAGCAGCAAGGAGAGUGGAUGAUGAUGAGAGAUCAGCAGCAAGGAUUGGGGCCUAAUAAUUUACCCCAAGAAACUGGCCAUGAAUUACCCCCCGGAGGGCAGCAGCAGGCGGCGUACGGCGGCGACGCCGGCGGGAUGCUGACGGAAAUUGUGAACUUGCGGUGGCGGAAGGCGGCGGCGGAUGUGUUGGAUGAUCAGAUCCAGGCAAGCUACAGAUGGCCACAAAAACAGCACCUGCCAGGUGCAGUUAAUGAGGCAGCUGCUGCAGAUGAGAUUUCUGUUGACAACAAUACCCCUCAAAUUACAUUAGCUCCAUCUUCUUCUUCCUGCAACUCUUCUUACCUUGAAAGCUCCACAGACUUUCUUCAAGGGUUUCAUUUAAUCAGUUCUUUGCCUGAAUCCAACAUAGUAUCUCCUCCUGAAUUCACAUGGUUUCCGGGCAGUACGGGCAGAGCCGAGGAGGGGCAAGGUCUGUCCUUGUCACUGUCUUCUUCUCUGAUGAGAAACCUGGAAGCAAACAAAUUGGACAAGAUGAGCAUUAGCCAUGGCGAAUUGUCCUUCCAUGGCGCUGUGGCUUCGAGUAGCUUUGUCUAUGGAAUUAAGGAUGUUGGGGGUAAUCCUCCUCCUCCUCCUCCUCCUCAUCCUCAUCCUCAUCCUCAUCAUUAUCAUCAUCAUCAUCAUCAGAUGUUAUUACAUCCUCCUCCUCCUCAUCACGACAAUCAGGUUCAUGUUGGGUAUGUUGAAUCUGCAAGAAGCAUAAGCUACCUGCGGAAUUCGAGGUACUUGAAGGCUGCACAGGAGAUUCUUGAAGAAUUCUGCUGCGUUGGAAGAGGACAAUUGAAGAAUAAUCAGAAACUCAGGAAUCAGGCUAGAAACCCUAAUUCCUCAAUUUCGGACAGGAAUGGAGGAGCCGUUGGAUCGUCUUCUUCCAAAGAUCUCCAUCCCUUAUCUCCCGCUGAAAGAUCUGAUUACCAGAGACGAAAGAUUAAACUACUCUCCAUGCUUGAAGAGGUGGAUGCGAGGUAUAUGAGAUACUGCGAGCAGAUGGAGGCGAUGGUGAAGUCGUUCGACGCGGUGGUGGGGCAGGGGGCGGCGGAGCCGUACACCGGAUUGGCGAGGAAGGCGAUGUCCCGCCAUUUCCGGUGUAUGAAGGAUGCGGUCGCCGGCGAGCUGAGCGCGUGCUGCGACGCGCUGGGUGAAAAGGACGCCACCGGCGGGACCGGGCUGACGAAGGGGGAGACUCCCCGGCUGAAGACGGUGGAGCAGAAAUUCCGGCAGCAGAAAGCCUUGCAGCAUAUGGGGAUCCUGGACCCCGACUCCUGGCGCCCCCAGCGUGGCCUCCCUGAAAGAUCUGUUAACAUUUUGAGAGCCUGGCUCUUCGAGCAUUUCCUCCAUCCGUAUCCAAGUGAAGCAGACAAACAUUUGCUGUCAAGGCAGACUGGACUAUCCAAAAGUCAGGUAUGCAAUUGGUUCAUAAAUGCUAGGGUUCGUCUAUGGAAGCCAAUGGUGGAAGAAAUGUACCAGCAGGAGCUUCACGACGACGACGACGUACAGCGAGAAUCUCCGGCACCGGAAAAUGACGCCGGCGGCGGCGGAAGGAGACCGGAAAGUAAUUCGAACAACGCAUCAUCAUCCGCCGCGGCCGCCGUGCAACAAAUUAAUGAUGAUCAGGAGAUCGGCGGCGAGCAUGAGAUGGCGCCGCCGUCCUCCGCCUACCAUGAGAUGAUUAUGGCGGCGGAGCACCGGUGUUACCUGGCGAAUACAGAGGUGGGAUUUGGAGGAACCAACGGCGGCGGCGGCGGCGGCGGAGAAGUGUCGCUGACGUUGGGACUCCGGCGUUCGGAGAAUAAUAAUGUGCCGAGAAUGGGACAGCUCUCCAUUAGAGACUUCGAAGCCUAUUAAUUAAUAAUUAGAAUUAUGGGAAAUAUAUUAUUGAUCAUAUUUAAAAGCUUGGGGAAAUAAAUCUUUAAUUAAUCAGGAUCAAAGUCUGGUUUGCAGGGUAUUAGGUUGGAAGUGGGGUUUAUUCAGUACUUUCUGGUGACAGCUGCGGGUUCCCACGUCAUAAAAAAAAAAUAAAAAAUACUAGUGUGUAAAAUAUAUGGUGUGUAUAUAUUAUAUACAUAUACAAUCCGAGAUUGAUUUGAAUUUUUCUUUAGAUAGUAUUUUGAUGUAA